CGCAGGGCUGGCGGCGGUGCAGACGGCCAAAAACAUGGGCGCGAUCGUCAAGCUGUUCGACGUGCGCGCUGCGGUGGAGGAGCAGGCAAAGUCGAUGGGCGCCGAGUUCCUCAAGGUUGACUUUGAGGAGUCGGGCGAGGGCGGCGGUGGGUACGCCAAGGAGAUGUCCGCCGAGUGGCACGCCGCGGCGCGCGAGAUGCUGACCAAGCAGUGCGAGGACGUCGACAUCGUCAUCACGACGGCGCUCAUCCCGGGCAAAAAGGCGCCGGUCAUGGUGACCGAGGAGAUGGUGGGCAAGAUGAAGGCGGGCUCGGUGACGGUCGACCUGGCGGCGUCCGCCGGCGGCAACGUCGAGACGACGGUGCCCGACGAGAUGAUCACCACGCCGAACGGCGUCAAGUGCAUCGGCUACACGGACCUCAACUCGCGGCUCGCCUCCACCUCCUCGUCGCUCUACGCAAACAACCAGCAAAAGUGGAUCGCGGCGGCGGGCCCCACCACCACCAAGGAGAAGGGCGUCUUCGCGCUCGACCCGGAGGACGUCGCCGUGCGCGGCAUGACCGUCCUGCAGCAGGGCGAGAUGAUGUGGCCGUGGUCGCCGCCGCCGCCGCCGCCGCCGCCGCCCAAGCCGCCGCCCAAGGAGGAGGUCGUCCUCACGGAGGAGGACUACAAGGCGAUGUACACAGAGUCGGCCAAGAAGGCCGGCUACGGCGCCGCCGCGAUGCUCGGGGUCGGGCUCGUCUCGCCGACGGCCGCCUUCUCGAACAUGUUCACCACGUUUGCCCUCUCGGGCGUGAUCGGCUACCAGGUCGUGUGGGGCGUCGCGCACUCGCUCCACUCGCCGCUGAUGGCCGUGACCAACGCCGUCUCCGGCAUGACCGCCGUCGGAGGAAUGUACACGAUGGGCGGCGGCCUUGUCCCCUCCACCCUCUCGGAGACGCUCGGCUUCACCGCCACCGCCAUCUCCGCCGUCAACAUCACCGGCGGCUUCCUCGUCACCAAGAAGAUGCUCGACAUGUUCAAGCGGCCGACCGACCCGCCCGAGUUCUACGAGCUGUACGCCUACCCGACGGCCGGCUUCAUCGGCGGCUUCGGCCUCAUCAACCUCGGCUUCCCGCAGGCCGCCUCCAUCGCCGCCACCGCGUCGGCGCUCGGCUGCAUCGGCGGGAUCGCCGGCCUCGCCUCGCAGUCCACCGCCCGCAUGGGCCUCGUCUCCGGCAUGUCGGGCGUCUCGAUCGGCAUUGCGGCGACCAUCGGCUCGCUCUCGUGGCCCGCGUCGACCUACGUCCAGCUCGCCGCCGCGCUCGGCGGGGGCGGCUUCGCGGGGUACGAGAUCGCGAAGCGGGUCGACCCGACCUCGCUGCCGCAGACCGUCGCCGCCUUCCACUCGCUCGUCGGCCUCGCCGCCGUCUUCUCCGCGGCGGCCGACUACCUCGAGCACGCCGCCCACUCGCCGGAGAUGCUCGACGGCGUGAGGCUCACGUCGAUCGCGCUCGCGUCGGUCAUCGGAGGCGUCACGACGACGGGAUCGGUGAUCGCCUUCGGCAAGCUGAACGGCAACCUCGCCUCCGCCCCGCUGCAGCUCGAACAGCGCGACCAGAUCAACAUGGCCGCCGGCGCCGGCACCGUCGCGAUGAUGGGCCUGCUCAUGACGAUGGGCCACUCCCAUCCCGCCGCCGGCAUGGUUGCGCUCGCCGGGAUGGGCGUGCUCUCGGGAGGGCUCGGGCUGCACAUGACCGCCUCCAUCGGCGGUGCCGACAUGCCCGUCGUCAUCACCGUGCUCAACUCGUACUCCGGGUGGGCGCUCUGCGCGGAGGGCUUCAUGCUCGACAAGCCGAUCCUCACCACGGUGGGGGCGCUCAUCGGCUCGUCCGGCGCCAUCCUGACGCACAUCAUGUGCGUCGCCAUGAACCGCGACAUCGUGUCGGUGCUGCUGGGCGGGUACGGCACCUCGGCCACCGGCGGCGGCGAGGCGAUGGUCUUCGAGGGCGAGGCGACCUUCACCGACGUCGAGGCGACGGUCGAGAACCUCAAGGCGGCCAAGGAGGUGAUCGUGGUGCCGGGGUACGGUCUCGCCGUCGCAAACGGGCAGUACGCGAUGGCGGAGAUCGCAAAGGAGCUCCGCGCCCAGGGCGUCAACCUGCGCUUCGCCAUCCACCCGGUGGCGGGCCGCAUGCCGGGGCAGCUCAACGUGCUGCUCGCCGAGGCGGGCGUGCCGUACGACAUCGUGCUCGAGAUGGAGGAGAUCAACGACGACUUCAAGGACACCGACAUCUGCCUCGUCGUCGGUGCCAACGACACCGUCAACUCGGCCGCCAUCGAGGACCCCAACUCGAUCAUCGCAGGCUCGCGCCGCGCGCGCGCGCGCGCCCGCAUGCCCGUGCUGCACGUGUGGGAGGCCAAGAAUGUGAUCGUGAUGAAGCGCUCCAUGGGCGCGGGCUAUGCGGGCGCGGACAACCCAGUGUUUAUUAAGGAUAACACCGACAUGCUCCUCGGCGACGCCAAGAAGACCCUCGACGCCAUCAAGGCCAAGCUCGACGACUAGGCGCCGCAGGGUGUGUACACACAUGCUGUCGCGCAGGGUCGCGCACCGGAGGCUGGCUGCGUUUGGAUGUCAGGGUUCUCUUGCAUGUUGAUUGACCUUAGAUUGG